AUGGCUGCUCCGUUCUCCCGCCUGCAGUUAGCUGCAGCACUUUUAGAAUACGACAACGAUCCAUCGGACCCCUCUGCGCCUUACCGAUCUGCACAUGAAAGCGCCAUUUUCGCACACCUCCGACGCAAUCCAGCUCGACCACAAGUCUCCCAGCGGAAAAGUGACUAUCUUGGAGUACCUCUUCCCAGUGAAACAGACUCUGUUCUUGAUGGGAAACGAAAGUCAAGAGGAUCUACAAUUGGACCCCUUCGAAAUCCAUUUGGCGCGGAUGAUCAUUUCGAGGAAGAAGCUGAGGAGCAGGAGGUACAGGAGGAGGCAGGAGAAAUGGACCUGGACCUGACCUCCUGGGGAUUGGACGCCUUCAUGUCCAAAGACAAGAGUGGAAAAGGCAAGGGCAAAGCCAAGUCGCUUCCUUCAGCUCAGCCUCUUUCCGCCGUGCAAGCCCAUUUUCCGAAGACUAACGAUGUACUCGGUGAGGUUCAUCGCCGCCCGCGAACCACACGCUCUAUGAGCGUCGGUAAUUAUGACUUUCUGUCACCUGCGGAGGAAGUGAGGCGGAAGUCUAUCGGGUCACCAUUGGAUCUGUCUGCAAUGGAAAUUCCUGCCUCCUUCCAACGGCCAGUCGCCUCCACCUCCCAGAGCCUUGGCUAUGAUAGUCUCGCUUAUGACGGGCUCGCAUUUGAAGAAUCGCAUCCAGCCAUGGGUUCUAUCCCUUUCCCCACUACCUCUGUUCGCAGUCCUUCUCCGAUGACCUUGGAUCAUCGUAGAACUUACUCCACUGCUAGCUUUGAGUCUAAAAUGGCUAUGAGUGCUCCUCGUCUUCGUACAACUUCCAAUGGAACUAUGGAACCAACAGAUGACAAUCCGUUUACAAUCGCACCUCCAUCCCGUGCUUCUAGAUUCGAUCCCAAAGCUGCCGCUCAUGCACGUACUGUGUCGAAUGCGUCUCUAGGCUCGCGCAUGCUUUUGGAGAACGAUGGCGCUUCCGUUAUGACCGGCAGGCCUCCUCUGGAGAGCCGCUACUCGACUACUAUGGAGCUGCUUAGGCCUAAAGUACUGGUUAUGCCUAGUCCCCUGCAAUCCGCAAAUGCCCCUCCGCCUCCACCAAAAGGAAGGGAUGGUUUUACGCUAGCAGACGCCCCGCCCAUGCCUCCUGGCGCACGUACUCCCAUGAGAAUUCCCAAUAUCGGAAGUUCUACUGUUCCUGUGCCUUCAAAUUCCUUUACUCCUAACCCUCGUCUGAAUCUUUCUCUUUCUCAACUUACUUUCCGGAAUAACCUAACUGUCGGAGGCCAGCGAGAUAUUGCUUACAACGACAUCGACGGAGACCUUCCGCGUGCCUUAGAGGAUGGAGAGCAAGCGAAGUUGUCAACAACACCGACCAUGGAAAUGGAAAUGAAUCUUCCAAUACCUUCAGAGCAUGCUACUAGCCCACAUAGGCCUGCUGGAAAGCUCUACGGCAAAAGCCUUAUCGAUGAUCUAGAAAAUCGUAAGGCUGGAAUGAAAUCAAAACAACGUGUCUUCAGAGGUGACGACAGGCCGUCAAUGAUGGCACGAACUCCUCUCGCCCGUUCAAGCACACUCAUUGACCCAGCUACAUUACAAGACCAUCCCGUAAAUAUACGGGCCAGUUCCUUCGAGCCAACUAGUGGGAUGGCUCGUCGUAACUCUAGACAUGCUGGGCCGUUGCUCAAUUUUGACGACGACGGCAAAGUGCCAACGGUCGCGGUUAACAAAGGUCCUCCGAAUCGUUCAGUCUUCGGUGUUGACACUCUAUGGGAGCGAGAAAUGGCUAAGCUGCGUGAAAUAGAAGCGCAGGAGGCGUUUGAACGAGAACGCCAGCAGGCCAUAGAAGAAACCGAGGCGUUGAAAAAUGGGGGGAAGAAGAAGAAAAAGAAGGGCAAAAAGGGCCAAGGUUCAGAGUUCGCAAGCCCAGUACCAGAUCUUUCACCUUCCGUAGCGGGGCGUUCUGUUCUAGAGGAUACUCCUGCAGAAUCUGUCGUCUCGUCUGGACCACCUGUAUUACCAACCAUACCAGCUAUAAGAGGUCCCCCUCCUGUCAUUGAUGACGAGGUUUCUGAUAGCGAGGAAAGUGUUGGAGGGCGAGUUGUUCAAUCCUCUCAAGCGGAAGGCUGGUAUGCCGAUUCGGACGAGGACAAAGAUGGGCCUCGUAGGAUUACCGGCAUCGGCUUGAGAUACCCUCAGAAGCAAACACCCCCUCCUCAAAUACAUGCCACCGACGACGAUAGCGAGGAGGACCUUCCCCUGGCUGCUACAAUUGGUCGUGCCAUAGAGCGUACUUCGCGACUUGCUCCUCCGGAGUCUGACUCUGAUGAGGAAAAGCCGUUGUCAACUCUGAUUGCAAAGCCGAGUCUCCCCAGCAUCAAUUUUGAUAAUCUUUCGCCUCUCAGUGCUGAACCAGAUACCAGGGACGACGACGAUGAGCCUCUGGGAAUACGUGCUUCAAGGAUAAUGCCAAAUCCCAAUGCAGAUGGCGAAGACGAUGAUCGUCCACUAGCAUUCCACCCAGAACAACAGCGCCGUACACAAUACCAGAUGAUGGCUCAGCACCAAAUGAUGAUGAAUAACAUGCAGAUGCAAAAUAGCAUGUUCUUCAAUCCAUCUAUGUCUGGAUUCUUCCCUCCGCCCAUGGUCAUGCCGCCGCCUAUGGUGUCAGCCCCUAUUCCGAUACCCUCACCGCCCCCUGUCCACGAUGCUGCCAAGUUUGGACGAGUAGAUCGCUGGAGGCACGAUGUUGCUACUGAAGGCGAAUAA